UUAAAAUUGAAUUAAAAUGAUUUUGAAUAAUUAUUAUGAAAACAUAACCUCAAUACAACGUAAACAUGGAUAAUGUCAAGAUAAAAAAGCCUACGAGCACGGAGAACUUGGAAAAUCUCUCCAAAGAGGAGCUUAUUAAUAUGGUGAAAUCUCUUGAAGCACACAACAACCAAUUAAAGAACAUUAUAGCAAAACUAUCGGGAGGAGAGUCAUCAAAGUACAAAAACAACUCAUACGACUUCUCAAAAUGCCACUUUCGACACAUUCUCCUUAAAUUCUUCUACCUAGGCUGGGAUUACAACGGUUACGCUGUACAAGAAGACACCUCAGUAACAAUAGAAAACUACAUUUUUAAAUCCCUCACCAAAACGUGCCUCAUUAAAGACAGACAAUCAUCAAACUAUCAUAGAUGUGGGCGAACUGAUAAAGGUGUUUCUUCAUUUGGACAGACUAUUUCUAUUGAUGUAAGGAGUAAGUUAACAAAGGAAACAGAGGAAAAUGUUGAGGAUGAACUGGAUUAUUGUCAGAUGUUAAAUUCAGUUCUACCAGAUAAUAUACAGUGUGUGGCUUGGAGCCCUAUAGAGAACAAUUUUAGUGCUAGGUUUGACUGUAACAGUAGGAUUUAUAGGUAUUUUUUUGCUAAAGGAUGGUUGAAUAUUGAGGCUAUGAUGGAGGCAUCACAAUUUCUAAUAGGAACUCAUGACUAUAGACAUUUUUGUAAAAUGGAUGUUGGAAAUGGAGUUGUACAAUUCAUAAGAAGAAUUGAUGAAAUUAAUAUUAAACCCUCUGAUUUAAAUGAGAAUGAAAAUGAAUAUUCAAUGUAUGUUAUAACAAUUAAAGGAAAAGCAUUUUUAUGGCAUCAAAUUAGGUGUAUAAUGGGUAUUUUAUUUCUAAUUGGGCAAAAUAAAGAAAAACCUCACAUUGUUAAGGAAUUAUUGGAUAUAAAAAAAAAUCCACGAAAGCCAGAGUACCAAAUGGCAAGUGAGAUACCGUUAAAUCUAUAUUUUUGUGACUAUGAUACUAAUAAUUGGGUUUACAGUAUAGACUCUCUUACAAAGUGUAUAAAAAAGUUAAAAAAUGCAUGGACUUUUACAGGAGCAAAAGGAUCUAUGAUAAAAACCAUGAUUUUAUCCCUAGAAGACAAUUUAAAAACAAUUUCAGAAAAAAAUGACAAGACCUUGGAAAAAAAUUGCCUGUCAGAGUAUUUAAUACAGGGUGUUAAAAUGAAAAACUACAUCCCCCUAAUGAAACGUCAAAAGUGCAAAACACUUGAAGAAAGAAUAAAACAUUUUACAAAACGAAAACGCAUAGAAAUUGUUAAGGAAUAAAUGUAUCUUAAUA